ACACGAAUCUUCUAGCUUUCCUCUUCCUUCGAUCAAUCUUCUUCGUCUCUUUCCUUAGAAAGUUGAAAACACUAAUCUCUAAAGAAAUGGGUUCUUUAGGAGAUGAACUUAGUCUAGGACAGAGGAGACACAGUUCCAUUCCGACAACGAUCUGUCGGUUUCCGACAAAAGCUUCCAAGAUCAGGAAUGUUGCCGUGGAGCAAGGUUGUAAACUAGAGGAACACGUUCAGAAGCUCGAAGAAGAGAAGAGGAAGAUCCAAGGCAGUGAACUGGAGCUUCCUCUCUGUUUGCAGAUGUUAAACGAUGCGAUUUCGUAUCUCAAGAAAGAAAGAGAGACGGAUACUCAGCCAUUCUUGAAAGAUUUCAUCUCUCUCAGUAAACCAAUUCGAGAAGAACAUGACGAAGAGCUUUUCAAGGAGAAGAAGUUUCAGCUAUGGAGAGAAAAUGAUCACAUCUCCAACGCGGGAUUCUCAGACACGCUAGAGAUUGAGAGAGAUGAGGAGAAAUCUUCCAAUAGCUUAUAUAUGUUGUUGAGUCCUGGCAUGACGACUCCAAAGGUGGAAACCGGUUUAGGCCUCGGUUUAACUUCGAGCUCGAUGGCUAAGGGAAGAAGAAAACUAGUUGCCUCUAGCUCUGUGCCACACCCACCACCGUAUCUUCAGCAGCAAGCGUUGCGGAAGCAAAGAAGGUGUUGGACACCUGAGUUACAUCGCCUUUUCGUUGAUGCGUUGCAACAGCUCGGUGGUCCUGGAGUGGCAACUCCUAAACAAAUCAGAGAGCAUAUGCAAGAAGAAGGCCUAACCAAUGAUGAAGUUAAGAGUCAUUUACAGAAAUACCGGUUACACAUCAGGAAGUCUGACUCGAAUCUGGAGAAACAAUCAGUAGUUGUUUUAGGAUUUAACUUGUGGAAUUCAUCACAAGAAGAAGAAGAAAGUGGUGAAGGAGGAGAAACAUCAAAGAGAAACAAUUCGCAGUCGGAUUCUCCUCAAGGUCCUUUGCAGUUACCUUGUACAACAACCACAACAUGUGGUGAUAGUAGCAUGGAAGAUGCUGAAGAUGCUAAAUCUUAGAGGAGAUAUUGAGAUCUCCAUAAAUCUCAAGAUCCUUUUCCAAGAACCAAACUCUUGAUUCCCUUUUUGUUAGUUUUGGAUUCACUUCUAGUGAAUGACAAUAUAAUCACAGAAAAAAAAAUAUAGAUUUAUUUUUAUACAUAGAGAGAAAAAGAUAGAGACAGAGAGGGAGCAAACGAGUGAAGGAUGUGGUUGAUCAAAUUAUUUGCAGGGAUUGUUAGGACUUAGGAGGUCUGUUUUUGUGUAUGGCUUUUUGGUUGGGUUUAAAUUGAGGCAUUGCCCAAGUAAUAAUAUUGUUUUAGUGUUUGUUUCA